AUGAGAUACUCGGAUAUCCUGAUAAUCCGAGCUGCAAAGCAGAAGGGCAUCCAGGUCACAUGCGAGGUCGCCCCUCACCACCUCUUCCUAUGUGAGGACAAUGUGGCGCAGAUCGGCGACGGUCGAGCGCAGGUUCGACCCAUGCUGGGAACACGCGAGGACAUGGAGACACUCUGGGAAAAUCUGGACAUUAUCGACUGCUUUGCUACAGACCACGCUCCUCACUCUGUAGACGAGAAGAACAGUGAGCGUCCUCCUCCUGGUUACCCCGGUCUGGAAACAAUGCUGCCUCUGCUGCUCACCGCCGUCAGUGAUGGACGUCUGACUCUGGAUGAUAUUACCAGACGUCUUUAUGACAAUCCACGCAGGAUCUUCAACCUGCCCGUUCAGGAAAACACCUACGUGGAGGUGGACCUGGAGCAGGAGUGGGUUAUUCCUCAGGCCAUGCAGUUCACUAAGUCUAAGUGGACUCCUUUCGAAGGUAUGAAGGUGAAAGGUAAAGUCCGCCGCGUGGUCCUGCGAGGAGAGGUGGCCUACAUCGACGGCCAGGUGCUCGUGCCUCCAGGUUACGGUGAGGAUGUGAAGACUUGGCCCACUUCUUCAACCCAUCCUAUAGAACCUGUCAAAGAAACUCCAAUGACUCCUGAGCGUCAGCGUCCAACUCCACCCCGGGAUGGAGUGCGGACUCGAGCUGCGAGCCCACGACGCAUUGGUGGAGAAAGCCGCUACCUGCUGCCGCCCCGCAUCCACCGUGCCUCUGAUCCCGGCCUGCCACCAGAGAUGGUCAUGCUCCCCCCAGCCGCUGCUGUUGACGGGUACAGCCAUCCUCCCCCACUGUCCAGGCUGCUGUCCCCACAGUCUGGGUCAGGACAGGUGCCUCCUGGUCAGGUGUCACACCUGCAGAUGUCUCCUCUGCUUCACCCACUGGUGGGACAGCACAUCUUGUCUGUCAGACAGUUCAGCAAGGAGCAGAUCUCACACCUGUUCAAUGUUGCUCACACUUUACGUUUGAUGGUUCAGAAGGAACGAAGCCUGGAAAUACUCAAGGGUAAAGUAAUGGCCUCCAUAUUCUAUGAGGUCAGCACUCGCACCAGCAGUUCCUUCGCAGCGGCCAUGCAGCGUUUGGGCGGCUCCGUCGUCCAUUCCAGCGAGGCCACUUCCUCCUCGCUGAAGGGAGAAUCGCUGGCGGACUCUGUCCAGAUCAUGAGUGGCUACGCUGACGUCCUCGUGCUGCGUCACCCAACACCUGGAGCUGUAGAGAGCGCGUCCCGUCAGUGCCGUAAGCCGCUGAUCAAUGCUGGCGACGGUGUCGGGGAGCAUCCCACUCAGGCCCUGUUGGACGUCUUCACCAUCAGAGAGGAGCUGGGAACGGUCAACGGCAUGACGAUAACGAUGGUUGGAGAUCUGAAACAUGGCCGAACGGUUCAUUCCCUCGCCAAACUGCUGACCCAGUACCGCAUCACUCUGCGUUACGUGGCUCCCAAAAACCUCCACAUGCCAGCAGAGAUCGUCAGCUACGUGGCCUCAAAGGGCAUCAAACAGGAGGAGUUUGACAGCAUCGAGGAGGCUCUGCCUGACACCGACGUCCUCUACAUGACGAGGAUCCAGAAGGAGAGGUUUGCAUCUGAGGAGGAGUACAAAGCCUGUUUUGGUCAGUUCGUCCUCACUCCUCACAUCAUGACUGGAGCCAAACAGAAGAUGGUGGUGAUGCACCCGCUGCCCAGAGUCAAUGAAAUCAGUGUGGAGGUGGACACAGACCCGAGGGCGGCAUAUUUCCGUCAGGCGGAGAAUGGCAUGUACAUCCGAAUGGCCCUGCUGGCCACCGUACUGGGCCGAUAACUCAGUGUGUGUCACAGGCUGGGUCUCUGACCCAGCGCUCUGAGUUCAUUUUGUAUUUGUCUCAUUUUAGAUAUGUGAUUAGUUUGUGUCAUUCCUAUUUAGCUUUAGUUAAGGAAAGGCAGUUAUUAAUUAUUGUUUCCUUGGUUUCUAUGUUUGAGUUCUUGUAUCGUUCAUCACGUGUUAGGUCUGUUAAGCUUGUGUUGUCAUGUCUAGUUUCAGUGUUUCCUGUUUUAUUUUGAAGGAGUCGUGUGUUCUUUGUUCAUUGUAUUUAGUUUCACUUCCCCCGUCCUGUCAUUAGGUUCAUGUCAGUCAGCUGUUCCUCCAUGUGUUCCCACUUCCCCUAAUCACCUCCUGUGUAUUUAAGUCCUGUGUUUUCAGUGUGUCAUUGUCAGAUCGUCUGCUUUGUUUGCAAGCCAAGAAGUUGCGUCAAGUCUCCUCGCGUCAAGUCCAUGUUCCUGUUGUAGGUUUUUAAGUUAAUUUAGCUCACCCAGUUUAGUUUAUUGUUAGCCUUGCAUUUUGCCUUUUGUUUCCGUCUGCAUUUGGGUCCACCCUUCACUCUACACACAAUCAGCCCUGCUGAUUGUGACAGUGUGCUGCUUCUUUGUCCUACAAACUGUCAGAGAAACAAAAAUGUAUCUUUUCUGAAAUCUAUACAUUUCUCAUUUCCUGCCCCCGAGGGGUGCAAGUAGGUUUAAAUACUAGAUUUAAUACGGAGUUAAAGUUUAUAACAUGCUGCUGUAACACAGAACUUUUUUUUUUUCUCCAGUCACACAAAUGUUUACUUGUUUUCUUUCCUGCUGUAUUUCAAGGUUCCUUUAUUUUUACAUGUCUUAAAACCAUUAACAUAAUUAACAUAUAGAACCAGAA